AUGGGGCAACCAAAAAUCAAAGUUGAUUUAAGGUAUAUUCUAGCGCUGCUAGUAACCGUACAAGCCAGCCCGGCGGCCGACUUACAUGACACAAAACUAAAAAUAGAAAAUGAGUGCGACGCCGCAGAGCACUUAACCCUGAUGCUGACAAAGAUCCAUUCGACGCUUGACAACCAGGAGCAACAACUACGGACAGCAAGGCAAUAUCUAUGGCAAACUGUAGCAGCAGUGGCCACAGAAGCAGCAAACGGCAACCCGAAGUACAUCCCAAUACUGGCGGCGCAAACGCAACUAUUAGCCGCCGCUGAAAAAAAGACGGCAAACUUCGCCAAGCCACUGAGAGCGACAGCAGCAGGCCUAGCGCAGCUGAUAGGUGCUCAAACAAGCCUGGCGGAGAUAACCGACUUAAAACUCUCGGCACAGACGCCAGCGGCUGCGGCCGCUUUUUUCACGGCGACAACUAAAGCAAUCCCAGCCCAGGCACUAAACAACGCCAAGCCCAAGUGCAAAGCCAAAUACGAAAACAAGCCACGCGACGCAGCGACGACGCCGCGCAACUAUGCCGAAACGACGACCGUGAAAUUCUAUCACUUAGAGGCACUGACAGCAGACAACGGGGCGCUCAAAACACCGAAACUGUGUGCUAAAGCAGGAUCAGCGCCGGCGGCAGACUGCUCCGACGGAGAGAUAGGGGCUUCAGCGCAGCUGGCAGUAGCCGGUGGGAACUUACUAAAAACAACUGCAGUAGAGUACAGCAGCAAAAACGCAGAAAAAGGGCAGUUCAAAGCAACAACAAACAACAACGCCCUAGCCCCACCCAAAGACUUCGUCCAGGCAGCGCUAGAAGGCCUGCAUCAAGCACCGGAACAGCUAAGCAACCUAAAUUUUCGAGCAGAGAGUCUAAGAGCUGGCAGCAUCACGGAAGAACAAGCAUUCAAGAAGGCUGUUGCACUUGCCUACAUCCCAGGCGCCGACCUAAGCAAGUUACACGAGCUCAAUGAUAAAAUUUCCGCUGUAAUCAAGUCCGAAUACACAGACGACAGCGGCAGUCUAACGGCAAAGAUCUGGGAGCCCCUAGGUAGGGUAACUCUGAACAAAGCAGAAACAGCCACCGACACAACACAAACGCUCAAAGACGACGUACAAAUAGAAGCCCUAGGGACAGCCGUGGCGUAUCGACUUAUCGCCGCUGUCCAAGCGAAGGCAACAAGCAGCGGUAAAAAGACGGAAGAAGAUUUAUCCAAGAAAGCAGAUUCAGCAGACAAAACAGGAGAAAGCAAGAAGCAAGGGGAUAAUAAAACAACCACAAACACCACAGGAAGCAAUUCGUUUGUCAUUAACAAGGCCCCUCUUUUGCUUGCGCUUUUGCUUUCCUAA